AUGAGGAUUAUGAUGUUGAACUUGUUUGAUGAGAAGAUUAUGAUGUUGGAUGUUGUGAAUACUGUUGUGCUAAAUGCUGCCAGGUAUCUCAACGAGGUGAUAUCCUGCAACAGCAUCCAAAGACUCGUCAUUACCUCGCAUGCACCCUUUUAUCUCCUGCGCCACAGCAUCCUUAGGCGGGAUAAACGGCUCUCGGAAAGCAAGAUCUCAUCUCCCUUUGCCUUUGCAGCAUCCAAGCAUCUUGGAGAUGGCAUCUUGUUCAAUCGUUUUCGCAAUAAGGUCUCGGGUUGCAGUGUGGAGGCCCUGAGGCUGAAGUCGGUGACGGUCCCUUCACACCAGAUCACCGGCGCUUCGGUCGAGCUCGAGUGUAACUACGAGCUCGAGGACGACGUCUUGUACUCGGUCAAGUGGUACCGCGGGGAGAACGAGUUUUUUCGCUACGUCCCCGCCGACAGCCAUCCGAUGCAGGUCUUCGAUCUCCCUGGCGUCUCUGUUGAUACCGCCCUGAGUGACUCUCGCAAGGUGACGCUGAGGACCGUGAGUCUCCAAUCGUCAGGAAAGUACAAGUGCGAGGUGUCAGCGGAUAUGCCGUCCUUCCACACCGAGUCCCGGAGCUCCGAGAUGCUCGUUGUGGACCUGCCCGACGAAGUCCCAACGAUCAGCGGCGGUCAAGCCAAGUACCACGUGGGAGAUGAAGUCCACGUCAACUGCACGUCCGCCCGCUCUCGUCCCGCAGCCUCCCUCAUGUGGUACAUCAACGACGACCAGGCCGAGAGCAGGUUCCUGGUGGAGUAUGCGCCGGAGAAUGACACAGACGGCCUCGAGACCUCCAGGCUCGGCCUCCGCUUCAUCGUUGGGCCUCGACACUUCCCGCAGGGAGAACUUCGCCUCAAAUGCACGGCCACCAUUGCAGCUGUUUACUGGCAGAGUUCCGAAGAGUCCGUGGAAGGACAGCUGCCCCAGACUGGACCCGCCCUGGAGAGUAAAGGGGUGUAUACAGGCGGCAGCGUGAGGUUCCUCCCCAACGCCUGGCUGGCUGCAGUGGGCGUGGUCAUGGCCCGGGCGCUCCUCCCCUUCCUCCCCCGCUCAUAGACCUCCCUGCAUAACCUGCUCCCUUAAACCCCCUUUUCCCCCUUGGUAGUGUCAGCUGAACCUCGCUAGUAGUCGCAGCUUCACCAGCGGAGAUGGGGAGGAAAAGGAGAUGAGACAAAGAAGACAAGGAGAUGAGAGAGAGAAGAAAAGGGAGAUGAAAGAAAGAAGAAAAAUGAAAUGAAAGCGUGAGAGAAAAAGAAAAAGAAAAAGAAGAAGAAGAAAGGAAAUGAAAGCGUGAGAGAAAAAGGAAAAGAAAACAAAAGGAAAAAGCUUAAAAGAAAACGGCAUGGUUGAUUGUUGACAGUGACGUUUCCCCCAAGGCGAUUACUGAGGACACUCGCAGUGCGGAUUAGCGAUUCGUCCUGAAGGGGGCACGCCGAUUGGUUUUCUUGCUGUGUGAUGUGGAAAGAAGAGAUGGAUGUAUUGAAGGAAAAAAAAUAGAAAUAAGAAGAGAAAGUAAAAAUAAAAUAUAUGUAUAUGUUAAUUUUAACCGUGUUUGAGUCGAGUUAGGAUAAUAAAAGAAGAGAAAAUAUGAUGAAAAGGAAACCUCAUUGUUUUGAGAAAACGUGCGACGUCGAGGUUCAUUUUCUACGCUGCUUUAGAUAUUUGAUAAGACAUAUUAGACCAUGAACUGAGGAUAUUUUAUCUGUUAUUGUAUCUAGAGGCACAAGUUAUACAGAGAACGCGCGCAGAGGAUGUAGUUCCGUACCUGUCCCUGUGCGUUUACCUCCCCCUCGUCCAGAUAUUUGAACUCCCCGAGCCCUUUCCCCUUUUCCCUUCCCCUUCCCUUUCCCCUUCCCCUUUCCCUUUCCUUUUCCCUUUCCCUUUCCCCUUCCUCUUUUCCCCUUUGCUCUUUCCUCUUUCCCCUUCCCUUUCCCCUUCCCCUUUCCCUUUCUCUUUCCCCUACCCCUUUCUCCGCUUUUUACCAAUUAACAUUACCCUUCACCUUACCUUUUCAUUACUUUUCUCUUAACUUUCCUUUAUCCUUUCCUUGUCCUUCCCUUGCCCUUCCCUUACUUUUCCCUUGCCCUUUUCUUGCCCUUCCCUUGCCCUCCCCUUGCCCUUCCCUUGCCCUUCCCUUGCCCUUCUCUUGCCCUUCCCUUGCCCUUCCCUUGCCCUUCCCUUGCCCUUCUCUUGCCCUUCCCUUGCCCUUCCUUCCAUGGUUUCUUUAAUAUGCUGUAUGUAAUGUCUCUUUCAUCAAAGGUACACUCGCUCUCUUUUUAAUUACUUGCCUUUGUAAAUCUUUUUUCCCUUUCCCCUCCUUCUUUUUCCUUCUUUUUUUUUACAACUUUUCUUUUCCAAGUCGUCUUUUAUUGCCUCUUGUGUGAUUUCCUACUCCUUCUCCCCCAGCGCUUCCUUCCUCUACCUCUGUUGGAGUCUUUCCAAUUUCCUGUGUUCUGGCUGUCUCUGGUAUUUUCUUUUCCCCAUUCUGUGAUCUCUGUCUCUCUGUCUCUCUCUCUCUCUCUCUCUCUCUCUCUCUCUCUCUCUCUCU